AUGUCAGGAAGGCCUAAUCGCGGGCGCCCACAGAACGAAACACCCGAUGUUGCUCAAGUUGUAGCACAACAGCUCUUGGAAGCAAUCCCAAACAUCGUUACUCAAGUAACUGCAGGACUUAAUGCUAACCAAGGAAGUAGUGGAGGAAACCGGGGAAAUAAUGAAAGAGAAUGCAACUACAAGUCCUUUAUGGCCUGUAAACCUAAGGAGUUCCAUGGAAAGGAAGGUGCGGUCGGGUUGUUGAAAUGGAUUGACAGCAUGGAGUUGGUCCUUCACAUUAGCAAAUGCCUCGAGCGCAACAAAGUUGAGUAUGCAUCUUGCUUACUCCAAGAUAGGGCAUUGACCUGGUGGAAUACUCUAGUGCAAACCCGAGGCCGUGCAGCGGCAUAUCAGCUAACUUGGGAAGACCUGAAGAAGCUACUGAGAGAGGAGUAUUGUCCCAAGGAUGAAAUUCAGAAGCUUGAAUCUGAGUUUUGGAACCAUUCUAUGGUUGGAACACAAAUAGAGAAGUACACAGUCCGAUUUCAUGAAUUAGCAAAACAGGUACCUCACAUGGUUACUCCUGAGGAGAAACGGAUAGAUCGUUACAUCUGGGGUCUGGCACCAGAGAUUCGGGGAAUGGUUACUUCAGCAAACCCAACUACCAUUCAGAGUGUAGUGACUUUGGCAAAUCGAUUGACUAACGACAUGAUUCGGACUAAGAAUUCGGUAAAGGGAAGUUGUGGUGAAAAGAGAAAGAUAGAAAAUCAAGGAGAAAAGAGAAAUGAUGGUGGUUCAGGGAGGAAGCAAAAAACCACAAGGAAUUUCAUGGGGCUUGGUAACAACGGACAAGACCAAGCUAGGCAAAAUUUCCAAGGAAAUCAAGGCGAACGACCAAGAGGUCUAGCCUUUGUGAUUGGUGCAGAAGAAGCUCGUCAGAACCCUGAAGUGAUUACAGGCAUGAAAUUAGGUCUAAUGAAAUAA